AUGUACCGCACAGCCGUUGUGAGAGUUGAAAAAAGGGAUUGCUCGUCUCAUUUCAACGAAUCUGUUGCUCCUAUCACGGAAGCAGCAUUAUCCGUGCAACAGGAGGUGAGCAAUUUUGAUAGAGAGAAAUUUUCAUCAACGAAAGCAAGGUUUCUGUUAGCUCCUGCUUCUCUUUUGUUUCAACUUCUGAAAAGUAAAUCGGAAAGCAAGCUGGGUGACUAUGCCCACAACUUCUGUGUUUUCAUCUAUCUGGACGACGUCUACGCGCAGUUCAGUUUUGCGGGGAACUUCCCCAGACCCACCGACACCAUUUCCGUGUUUGAAGAGCCGCUGGCCGACGAGCUGUUUCUGAAAAAGGCACGUUACUUCCGCGAGAUCCUCACAGACGACCGCCACACCGCUUACUUUACCCACCUCUGCCAGCUGGCGGCCGUGGACAUCCGCAAAGUGACCUCCGAAAAGGUCGAGUUCCUCCCUGUCUUUCAAUACCGCUACGUCCUUGACGCCAUCAAGGCCUGGACAACGUAUGCCGCGCUGUAUCCGCAAGCGGCAACAACCAUUAGCGAUAUAACAGCCCUGUUUGUGGAAAAGAAGGCUCAGGUGUGGCGGUGGGUCACUACCACAUACUCUCUGCUGUGCAACGAGCUGACGCAGACAACCCAGAGGUUCGUCAAGGAGAGGGGCCCCAACGCCUGCAUAGUGGGCGGCAAGCACUUCUCGAAAGAUUACCUAGUUGAGCUUUACCACGACAACCAACGGGAGUUCGACAGUGCCACCGAGUCCCUCAGACGCUACUUUGGAAACAUUCUGACCGUGGAAAUUGUGGCCGACCGGUUGGUCAACGACCGCUCUGUUAACCUUGCAGAGAACCCCCGCUCCCGGAAGUCCUCCUUCCAGAACCUCUUCGGUGCGGCGGUGCCGGCGGACGUGGCGCCGUGUGCCGAACGCACCACGAGCCCAGACGAAGACAAGGACAUCAUCCACCUGGUCAACCUUUGCGCGCGGGCCGUCAUGUGGAUGAUAUAUGUUGGUGCCGGCGGGCCCUACCGUUUUCCGGAGAUCCAGAAGCUCAAGUACGCGAGCAACGACAGGGACCUGUACGCGGACUCCGAGAGCCGCUGCAUCGAAAUCCACGCGGGGUACUCCAAGGCCCAGAUCUUGAGGCCCGUGACCAAGCAGCUAGACAAGAACACCUCUGACUACCUGCUCUUCUACACCAUGAUAGUUGUUCCGAUCCGCAACCACGUCGCUGGCCGGCUUUCCUCGGUGAUGUCCCGCGACCUCGCCGACGAGAUGGGAAUGCGUGUCGAGGAACACACCGCCAACGCGGCGGACGGCGAGGGCUGCAGGCUCUCCGACGCUGGUUUCACGACACAGGUCCUCAACAGCUACCUGUUUGCCGAUCUCAGCUGCGGGAAGCUGCUCAAGUACGCGAACUUUGCAAAGGGUGCGCGCAAGUUUCCCGUCUCGGUGCCCCAGGACCAGCGCCUGAGCCUCCGCGAUCUCCGCCACGGUAUCAUCUACUUCAUGCGGCGGCACACCAACGUAGGGCGAAUUGUAGCCGGCUCGGAUGCCGUCGAGCGGUUGGCCGGCCACACUGCCGCCACCGGACGUACUGUCUAUGCGGUACCCGACAGCGUAGUGAACCACGAG